AGAUUCGUGUUCAAUUUGGUUCUAAGUCUCGACGCGUGUGCAUGAAGGCAGUUCUUUGAGUUCUCGACUUUAUCGCCAUGGUGCUGCUGCGAGUGAUCAAGUAUCUAGUGGGCUGCGUGGUCCGGGUCUGCAACGAGUUGUCCCAGAACAUGAGUUCACUGAACAAAAUGUUCAAGUACCAUUUGCUGGAGGUUAGCUAGAGAUCCCGGGAUGUGGAGCUAAACACCCUUACUGAUUAGAUAUAGUUUUUUUUCGCCUGUCGAACAAGUUCGUUGCUCAAGUCUUUCGUUAUGUGUUCCAAUAAAACGUAUUUUAUCCAAACAAA